AUGAAGGAGAAAUUCUUCACUCCUGAGCAGUGGGGCCUGGUGGGAUCACCCCCUGUGGACACUCGCUGGACCUGCCUGGUGCUCGACCUCCCCUCCAUCCUCUCCCUCUACCUGGGCCGCUGCUACAGCCACCUGAAGGGUAUCAAGCUCUGCUCCAGCCUCCUGGUGAAGAACCUCUUCACCAGUGACCUGCUCUUCCACCCAGGUGUGACCUUCUCAGAGGCCAGGGAGGGUGACCUGGCCUGCCAUGGGCUGGCUCCCAUGCCACGGGAAAUGGCUUUCCCUGUGCCUAAGGGACAGAAGUGGCACGACCUCUAUGACUACAUCAGGUUCCCAUCCAAGGGAUCCAAGCUGCCAUACGACUCUAUCCAGAAGAGCUGUCCAGGUGGCCAAGUCCUGGAGGAGCCUGGUCACCAGCUGCCCCAGCUCACCAAAGCAGUCCGUGACCGACUGUCCCUGGUCCAGCAGAUAACCAGUCCCAAAGCUGGGCUCUUACCAGAUCCCAUCCUGAAGCUGAAGAUGAUUAUUGGCUUUGGAGGCUCCAGCACCAAAUGGGCCCUGUGGACUGCAGACAAUGACACUGUUGUCUAUCCCUGCCACGCUGUCAUAGUGACCCUGCAGAUCCAGACUGGGAAGCAGAGGUUCUUCAUGGGCCACACGGAGAAGGUGUCAGCACUGGCCUUCAGCAGCAGCAGCUCCCUGCUGGCCUCUGCCCAGGCUGGGCCCCUCAGCGUGGGGCGGCUCUGGGACUUCCCCACAGGCACCUGCCUCUCGGUGUUCAGGACCCACGUCUGCUCCCUCCUGUCCCUCAGCUUUUCCUACAGUGGCUCCAUCCUGUGUGGGGUGGGGAAGGACGGACACGGCAAAACGGUGGUGGUGGUGUGGAAUGUUGCUCAGGUGACCCGUGGUGGAGAGGUGGUCGUGCUGGCCAAAACACACACUGAUGUGGACAUCCAGGCCUUGAAAAUUGCUUUUUUUGAUGAUACCAGGAUGGGGUCGGGUGGCCGGGACAACGUGCGGCGGUGGCGGGUGAGGAGCGGGGCCCUGCGCUCCUGCCCCGUCCCCCUGGGCCACUAUCACUGCCUGGAACUCACCGACCUGGCCUUCGAGGAGGGACACACGGCCCAGCGGGAGCCCGAGGACCGCACGCUCUUUGUCUGCAGCAAGAGUGGCCACAUCCUGGAGGUGGACUACAAGAGGGUCUGCGUGAGGAGCGUGAGGAGGCUCCUGCCCUCACAGCCCCAGGAGAAGGCAGGCAGCAGCCCAGGCCCUGGGAUUGCUAUCAACAGCAUCAGCAUCUCCUCAACCUUCUGUGCCACGGGUUCAGAAGAUGGUUACCUGAGGCUGUGGCCACUGGACUUCUCAGCUGUUGUCUUAGAGGCAGAGCACCAGGCUCCAGUGAGUUGUGUCUGCAUCAGCCCAGACAGCCACAGGGUCCUGUGCACCACAGCUGCUGGGAACCUGGGCUACCUGGACAUCCAGGCCCAGCACUAUCACACCCUGAUGCGCUCCCACGGGGACUCCAUCCUGGCCUUCUCCCUGGAUGGGCUUUGGAAGCAGAUGGCAACCUUGUCUCAGGAUGGCACCAUCCGAGUCUGGAACCUGGUCUCCAUGCAGCAGCUCUAUGACUUCAGGGCUGCUGAGGAGGCUCCAUGUGCUGUGGCCUUUCACCCCAGCCAGCAGGUCCUGGCCUGUGGCUUUGACAGUGGGAUGGUGAGAACCUUCAGCUUGGCUGCCUCCCACCUGCUGCUGGAGCACCAGCAGCACCGAGCCCCCGUCGCCGGCCUGACCUUCUCUCCUGAUGGCAACUUCAUGUUCAGCUCCUGCCUGCAGGGAACCCUGGCUCUGUACAGCUGCAAGGCACAGGAGAGCCACGUCCUGAGGGUCUUGGGCAACGUGGUGGCCCGGGAUGCUGAGGGUGGUCCAGAUGCUCUGGUGGUCAGUGGGGACAGUCACCUCCUGGCCUUUGUGGGCCCCUCCAAGUACGUGGUGACCGUGAUGGAGGCCUGCUCUCUGGAUGAGCUGCUGAGGGUGGACAUCAGCAUCCUGGAAUUGAACAGCAUGGCCUUGGACUCUGCUGGGAGAGUCUGCUUUGCUCCAGUGCUUCGAGGAGAGCUCCUGGUGUCCACAUCUUCCAACAGAAUCCUUGUUCUUGACGUCAAAACGGGGCGGCUGAUACGGGAGGUGUCCCCCGUGCACAAGCUGUCCUGUUCUUCCUUGAUGCUGAGCAGGGAUGGCAGGUUCCUGCCGACUGCUGGUGACAAGGUCAUCAAGGUGUGGGACUAUCAGAUGCGCUUCCCUGUCAACUUCCAGGUGUACAUCGGGCACUCGGAGCCGGUGCGCCAGGUGGGCUUCACCCCUGACCAGCAGCAGGUCCUCAGUGUUGGAGAUGCCAUCUUCCUCUGGGACUUCCUGGCUCUGCCUGAGGAGGAGCCAACCUCAGCCAGGCCUUGUUCCUCUGAGUCUUCUCUGCUCCUGGGAGUCAGUGACUUGGUCUCCUCCAGUGUUUUCUCCACGUCAGACCAAGAGGAGGAAGCAGAUCUGGCAGGCAGCAGGGGGCUGGUGGCAAACGGGGACAAAGAUGCCUCAGUCCUUGUGAUGGAGCCAGUCAGGAACGAGGAGCUGGUUGGCGUGAGGCCCCGAGGGAGGCAGGAGAGCUCCAGGUCUCCUGGAGGGUCAGCAAAUGAGCCCAGAAAGGAGACCAGAAGUCCCCUGUCCCAGUUCUCCAUCCGCCCAGAUUCCUACUGGCAUUUCACUCCUCGCUUCAAAGCUUCGGUGCUUCCCCAGAGUUUCUCUUCUCCUCCAGCUGGCAGGGAGCUCUUGAAGCUGAAAGCAGUGAUUGGCUACAAUGGGAAUGGCAGAGGGAAUAUGGUGUGGAACCCAGACACAGGUUUCUUUGCCUACACCUGUGGCUGCCUCAUUGUGGUGGUGGAUCUGCACUCGGGCUCACAGAGCCACUGGCUGGGCCACACUGAGGAGAUCUCCACCCUGGCUGUCAGCCACGAUGCCCAGAUUCUUGUCUCUGCCUCAGGGAAGAGGGAUGGAGAGUCCCACUGUCAGAUCUGCAUCUGGAGCAUCCAGGAUGGGGUUUGCUCAGCAAACCUCUGCCACCACAAGACACAAGUACAAGCCAUGGCAUUCUCCAGGGAUGACAGGUUCCUGGCUACCCUGGGGGACUACAGUGACCAAACCAUUGCUCUGUGGAGCACCUACACCUAUGAACUCCUGGCAUCCACGUGUCUCCUGUGGCCAGUGCACAACGUGGCUUUCAGUCCUCUUGCUCACAGAGAACUGGCCUGUGUGGGGAAGGGAUCAGUCAUGUUCUGGCUGCUGGAGCAGCAGGGAGCUGAUGUCAACCUCAAGGUUCAUCAGGUCCCUGCCCCAGGCAUUUUAGGAGCAGUGGAGAUGACCUCUCUCUGUUAUGGUGCUGAAGGUCUUCUGUACAGUGGGACCAACUCGGGGCAGAUCUGUGUGUGGGACACAGAGACCAACACCUGCUUCAUGACCUGGGAGGCCGACGAGGGCGAGAUCGGAGUCCUGCUGGGUGGGCACGACCGGCUGCUCAGCGGCAGCAACACCCGCCGCCUGCGGCUCUGGGCAGUGGGCACCAUGCAGGAGCUGAGGCUGGAGGGUCCCCGGGCCAGCUCAGUCCUGCUGGAAGAUGAGCUCACCCUGGAUGGGACCAUUGUCAGUGCAGCCUUUGAUGACUCCCUGGAGCUGGGAAUUGUGGGCACCACAGCAGGAACCCUGUGGUACAUCAACUGGGCAGAGAGCACCAGCAUCCGCCUCAUCAGCGGCCACAAGGACAAGGUGACCGAGGUGUCCUUCAGCCCCUGUGAGUCCCACUGUGCCACCUGCGGGGAGGACGGCAGCGUGCGGGUCUGGGCACUGGGCACGGUGGAGCUGGUGGUGCAGUUUCAGGUGCUCAACCAGAGCUGCCAGUGCCUGGCCUGGAAGCCUCUGAUUCCAUGGGGAGCAGAGAAACAGCACGUGGUGGCAGGGUACAGUGAUGGCACCAUCCGUGUGUUCAGCAUCUCCAGGACUGAGAUGGAGCUGAAGAUGCAGCCCCAUGCCCUGGCCCUGACUGCCAUCACCUACUCCACUGAUGGAGAAAUGAUCUUGUCAGGGGGCAAGGAUGGGCUGGUGGCUGUCAGCAGCUCCCGCACUGGCAUCACUCUCCGUGUCCUCCAUGACCACAAGGGCUCCCCCAUCACUGUCCUCCAGUGCACUAGGAAGCAGCAGCAGGACUUUGGGGUGGCAGGAGGUGACCUCUGGCUGGCCUGCAGCUCCGACCGGCGGGUCAGCGUCUGGGCAGCUGACUGGCUGAAGGACACCUGUGAGCUCCUCGACUGGCUCAGCUUCCCAGCUCCUGCUGGCCCUGAGGAUCUCAGCAGCCUCCCACCCAGCCUGGCUGCCUUCUGCCCUUGGGAUCCCAGCACCCUGGUCUACGUGGGCUUUGGGGUGCAGAAGGAAGCCUUGUUUUACAGUCUGCACCAGAAACAGGUCGUGGAGAAGAUUUCCCUGCCCUUCUUUGCCACCUCCCUCAGCCUGUCCCCUGCAGCACCUUUCAUGGCUCUGGGUUUUGGUGCCCAGGUGGAGAAGACAUCCCUGAUCAUGGCUCUGGUGGGUGAGGAGUUCCCUGAGGAGGUGAGCGUGCCUCCUCGUGCAGAGGAGAUCACCAUCCCAGCUGAUGUCACCCCUGAGAAGGUCCCCACACACAUCGUGGACUACUCAGAGUCAGAGCAGACAGAGGUUGAGCUGCAGGAGGAGAUUGCCAAGGGCUGUGACCCAGAGGAGAUGGUCUUGGAGCUGGAGCCCCUGGGAGGGUGA